UCUAACAGCAGCCUUCUUUAUCGACACGUGCGCGCAUGCAAGGACGUAUCUGCUUUUGUCUUUUGACAGGUGAGUUUUAGAUCAUCGCAAGAUAACGGUAUUAUUUAGUCAAUGUAUGGGGAUGUUACUCAGUAAUCAAUGAAAGUUUAAUGGGUUUUAAGCAAAUAAAGGACUUAUUUACAGGGAUCUUUUAAUGUCGGAGACGAUGACAUGAAAUGGAUUCCUCCAACAUUAUGACUGGAUCCUAUUUUUGAUAUUAAGAUAACCUCGGAAUCAAACGAGUGACUGAAAACGGGUUAUGUCCUAGUUUCAUAGGAUUGUUACUUGAGUUGGCAGCACAACACAGAAGGAUUGUUACUUGAGUUGGCAGCACAAGACAGAGAUCAUGGAUUUGUUACUGUACCUUCACCGAAUCUUAAUUGUAAGUGGACUAUUAGCUGGAAUGGGUUCCUCCUACCAAACUAGCUGGAACUUGUUGGGCAUGAGGACAACUCCGCCUCCUUGUGUAGAAAUCCCCCAAACACUAACUCUUUGCAAUGGUAUCGGAUACAACCAGAUGCGGCUUCCUAACUUGCUGGGUCACGAUAGAAUGGCUGAAGUAGCCCAACAAGCUAGUCACUGGGUGUCUCUCCUGAACCUGAAAUGUCACCCGGACACGCGGCUCUUCUUAUGUUCGCUGUUUUCGCCAGUCUGCCUAGACCGACUAAUUUAUCCGUGUCGUUCGUUGUGCGAGGCCGUCCGUCAAGGCUGCGAGAGAAGGAUGAAUACAUACGGCUAUCCCUGGCCUGACAUGGUCCGCUGUGAUCAGUUUCCCAUGGAUAACGACAUGUGCAUCACCGUACAGUCUCCAGCAAGUGACGAAGAAGAGCCAGCGCCAUGUAUUGCUUGUAGCCAGCCAGAUACGUACGAAAACAUGAUUGACAACUUUUGUCGAGCAGAUUUUGUUUUCAAAACUAGAGUUCGGAAAUUACGAAACGAAGAACUGAGGUUUAGAAAAACUAGGGUUUUUAAAAUGAAGGAAGGGGCAGUAACCAUAGACGACCUAAAGAAGCCAGUAUUCGAACACCCUAAUAUGUCUAAAUGUUGUGGUGAUCUGAUUGGAAAGCUAGACACUAGAGGUCGCGUUCUUGUGAUGGGAGUUAAGAAGAAAUCUAGUUUAUUCCCAACUCUGAUUAUUCCGUGGGAAAAUUCAAACAAAGUUAUCCGCAAAGCUCGAAAGACGAUGAAGAAAUUUGACUGCUCAAAUCCAGCAACUGUGCUAACUACUAGCAAGAUUACCAAUUUCAUAAAACCUAAGCCUAAAAGGCGACCAGGGCAGCGAGGAAGAGGAUGGAAGUCGACACCAGGUGCUUCUGUGUCGUGUGCUGGAUGUAAUCAACCCCAGACUCUGAAAAACCUACUGGACAAGUUUUGUACAGCAGACUAUGUGAUCAAGACAAGAAUUAAAAAAAUAAAAAACAACAAAAUGAAGUGUAAGAGAUCCCGGAUUCUGAAACUGGAGGAGGGCGCAGCGUCCAGAGAAGAACUGAUAGCUCCGACCUUCACACAUCCUAACAUGACAGAAUGUUGUGGUAACAUACUGGAAAGUGUGCAAGACAGAAAGAAGCGUGUGAUCAUCAUGGGAGACAAGAACGAGGCUGAUUUAAUAACGAACCUAGUGUUGCCCUGGAGAAAUAAUACGAAGUUGAUUAAACGAGUGUUAAGAGUAGCCAAGAAGAAAGGUUGUUAUAGCCGCUAAAAUUAUGGUGUGUGUGUGUGUGUGUGUGUGUGGUCUUAAAAACUUUGUCUGAUUCGAGAAAUGUCAUAAAAUUGGUAAGCAAUGUUGCAGAAUUGAAAAUAAUGAUCACUGUAAAUCUAGAACUAAACUGUGAAAUAAAGCCAAACAUCUAAUAAACUGAUCUAAAAUUUAAAGUUAUAACUGAUUUAACCGCCCCAAUUUUUAAGAUGAUCAAGAUAAUUUAAAUUGGUUUAGAUCUUUAAAAUAUUAUAAUUAUAAACCGAAUUUUGCUAUAACAGUGAAAAUAUAGUGAUUCUACAUUGUUUGAAUGAAUGAUUUGUAAAUAUUUGAAGGAUAAGAGGGUUUAAUGUUGAACAGCGUUUAGUGAGAGUUAACUUAAUGUUGUGGAGUGGAGAAGGUUCAAAAGAAUGAACUGUUCUUUUGUUCUGGUUAUAAGAUUUAAAUCUUGAUUGUUCUUUAUUAUUAGGUAUAAGCUUCAGUUCUAAUGUGGCAUUGUAGCUUAACUGUUGUACUGUUUCCUUUUGUUUAGUCGCUACAAACACUUGUGGACGCUGAUGUAGCGUAUCAUAAUGUUUUAUAAGAAUCCGUUGUCAUAUUGUAUUCAUGAAAAGUUGGGAAAAGAAAUACCUAACAUUUAUAACUUUAAGCUACGUAUAACUUGAUACGAGAAGAACGUGACGCUUUUUGUAUUUUCACGAAGUUUAACACACAGUUGUAGUUACCUUAGCAACGAGAUCAAUGUUCCUUGAAAAUUCAGUAGUAACUAAGGUAGAUUGUUUAAGCCAUUUUCUUCUCUGGUGUCAUUAAAGAAACCUAAAAAAUCAUUUUCUCAUCCAUUCAGAUGUAGAACAUUGUCGGUGUCUUGUGACACUGAAAGAUAUCGAGGUUAUUUGGGCAUUUUUUAAAAAUGGCUACGCUUCAUGUAUUUAAAUCUUCAGUCUUCCGAAUUCUUAAUAAACUGGUAAAAUGGUGUUGUAGUUCCGAAUGUAUAAUAACUUACAUUCAGGUUUUAUCUUUAAACUGUUUUCCAGCUAGAAUGCAAGAUGUGGGAUUUUUUUUAGCUUAAACUGAAAUACCGAAGAUAAAAUUUUGUGUGCAUGAUACAAGAUAAACCGAGUAUCGAACUUUCGUCUAACGUCAUUGUGGGUCUAUAAGCUUUCUUUCAAAAAGAAGUUUAACGUCCCGAUGUUGGUAUUUAGCUUGAUAUUAUUCUAGGUAAAUGUUAUCGUGUGGAAUGGUUUUGUCCUUCCAAGAACACGUUUCUUAGCCCCCCAGUGGCAUGGCGGCAUGUCUGCGGACUUGCAACGCUAGAAACCGGGUUUCGAUACCCGUGAUGGGCAGAGCACAGAUAGCCCAUUGUGUAGCUUUGUGCUGAAUUCCAAACAAACACACGCUUCUUAAAAAUGAUGCAUUCAAAUUAGAACCUUAUUGUCGAAGUUAGUCGCAACGAUAGAAUGCAAGUAGUCUUAUUGACAGGAAGAUGAUUUAUCCUUAACAAUACGUUUUUCUAAAUAGUCUAUGUUAAAAUGUACGCGUUUGUAGAUUAAGUAUUUUUAACGUGGAGCUGUCAUGUGUAUAGACAUAAUGAUUGAGGAAUUUAUAUAACUUAUUUCUGUCUUUAAAUUGCUAUAAGCAACUUCACUGCAAAGUUCAUGUCACUUGAGAUUGUCUACGUAGUAGUAGUAGUAGUAGCAGCAGUAGUAUGUUUAUGUAAAAACAUAUUUACAAUAGUACUAAAAUAUUAGUUAUUCUCAGCAGUAAAUUCAUUACUACUUAGUUUUGAUAAAUCCUAGAUUAGUUAUUAAUUGUUUAUAUAGUUUCAUUUUUAAACAAUUAUUUCAUAAAGGUGAUGAACUAUGUAGCGCUAUACAUUAGCUCUGUUGUUUGUCCGGAAAUUAUGUUAAAAGGGUUCUUAACAUUUAUUUUUUGAACUUGUGAAUAAUCAAAGUUCACAUUCCAUGGCGCAGAUAGUCUAGUUGCUUUGAGCCAGUAAACGCCAUCCAACCAUACCACGUGUUCAUCAAAGUACGUCCUUUGGUCCAAUGGCAGUCUUGUGGGCAUUGCAUCAAAAAUUCAAGGAGACGCAAACAAUUUUUAGCAUAAUUUUCGGACACCCUGGUGUAAUGUACUGAGAUUUUUAUGAAGACUUGAGUGAAACAAUCUCCCCCCCCCUUUUACUUGUUUUUCAUAAAUCACCUUUAAUAAUGAGAAUCUGUUCUACUGCUGUCUCAGCCAGUUAUAAAUUGUUUAUAUCGGAAAUUUGUGGACAGCAUUGUUUGUCUGUUGUAUUGAAUUACUGGACAGUUUAGUAUGAAAUAAAUUGUGUGAAAAAAAAACUUAAUUAUGAA